CGACAGGCAGUAUUCUCUCAGACAUGGAGCUGAAAACAUUUAUACUGGCGGCCUUGGUGCUAGGUGGGUUGGCAGUAGCUGAAUGUUACGUCGAAGAUUAUGACCCCUAUUGGGAUCUAAAUUUAAAACCAGUUAAAACUUCGGCCGAUCGUAUUCGCGAACAUGGUUAUCCUGCGGAGGUUCAUAGAGUUGAAACCUCUGACAACUACAUAUUGACCAUGUUCCGCAUUCCCCAUUCGCCUCGACUGAAUAAUGAAAAUGAAUAUAGACCAGCUAUUUUCAUUCAACAUGGUCUCUUUUCUUGCUCGGAUUGCUUUCUCUUAAAUGGUCCUGACAAUGCCUUGGCCUACAAUUUGGUGGAUGCUGGAUUCGAUGUUUGGCUGGGAAAUGCCCGUGGCAAUAUCUAUUCGCGUAACAAUAGCGUAGUCUCCGUCAACCAUCCGUAUUUCUGGCGCUUCAGUUGGCACGAGAUUGGAACCAUUGACUUGCCCGAGAUGAUUGAUUAUAUCAUCGAGAAGACAGGCCAAAGCAAAAUUCACUAUGCUGGACAUUCGCAGGGUGGUACGUCAUUCUAUGUAAUGACUUCUAUGCGCCCAGAGUACAAUGAUAAAAUUAAGACGGCCCAUCUGUUGGCACCCGCCGGCUUUAUGGGAAAUUGUACUAAUGCCCUGUUAAAACUAUUCGAACCUUUAGUUGGUAAACCCGGAAAAGGAUCUCUAUUGCUGGAGGAUCAAGAGUUUAUGUUCCACAAUCAGUUUGUUAACCGAGUACUGGACACAGCUUGCGGUGGCAAAUCGAAAUACCCCAUAUACUGCCGAAAUCUAUUCUUCACUUGGGCUGGGCACGGAAACACCAACUUGAAUACGUCUCUUCUUACUCAAAUAGCUGAAACUCAUCCCGCUGGGGUUUCAUCCAAUCAAGGUAUCCACUACAUACAGGGAUUUGAUAGCAAUGAAUUCCGCCAGUUCGAUUUUGGACCUGAGAGGAAUAUGCAGCGGUAUGGACAGAUUGAGCCACCAAAUUAUCCCCUGGAAAAUAUAUCAGCCGGCAUAUAUAUGUACUACAGCUUUUCGGAUGCAUCAACCGAUUACAGGGAUGUGGAACGCAUAAGGCCACACCUAAAGAAUUUGAAAAACUGGUAUUUCGUAGAAGAUCUAAACUGGGAGCAUAUCGACUUCAUUUUUGCCUUAAAAGUUAAGGAGACUAUCAACGACAAGGUUGUAAACUUUUGUCUAGCCUAUGAAAACGGGGAGGAGCCAGAAACCAUUCCGAAGAGGAUGAAAUUAUAUUGGUUUUUGGCUCUGCUAGUAGCAGCAUCAGCCGUUGAGGGCUACAAAUUGGAACAAGAACCCUAUGUUAAUUUGCCACUCAAAGAGAUGAAGACAUCGGCUGAUCGCAUUCGCGAACAUGGUUACCCAGCUGAGUCUCAUUAUGUGGAAACUUCAGAUGGCUACGUUUUGAAUAUAUUUCGCAUACCAUUCUCCCCCAAGCUGAAUAAUGCCGGCGAUAAGAAACCUGUUGUGUUUAUACAACAUGGUCUCUUCUCUUGCUCGGAUUGUUAUCUCCUCAAUGGUCCCGACGAUGCUUUGGCCUAUAAUUUUGCUGACAAUGGUUUCGACGUAUGGCUAGGCAACGCUAGAGGCAAUAUUUAUUCACGCAACAACUCAAAAAUUUCUUUAAAUCAUCCCAAAUUUUGGGACUUCAGUUGGCAUGAGAUUGGCAAUAUUGAUAUGCCACAGACCAUUGAUUAUAUAUUGGAGACAACCGGUGAGUCGAAACUACAUUAUGUCGGCCACUCACAGGGUACCACAGUAUUUUUUGUAAUGACCUCAACAAUGCCGGAGUAUAAUGAUAAAAUUAAGACGGCUCAUAUGUUGGCGCCGCCCAUAUUCAUGGGCAACGUAACCGAUGGUUUGGUGGUUGGUUUGGCUCCCUACAUAGGUUAUCCUGGAAAGCCUGCAGACAUUUUCCAGUCUCAGGAAUUUACCCCUCACAAUGUGUUAGUCCAACGCAUUCUCGACACUGCCUGUGGAGGCAAACCCACUUUCCCCAAGUACUGUCAGACAUUAUUUCUUUUGUGGGCCGGUACCGAGAAUCCCAAUCUAAACUAUACUCUCCUUCCCCAAUUGGCCGAGACGCAUCCUGCGGGAAUCUCCACUAGCCAAGCUAUACAUUUCAUUCAGGAAUAUGUUAGCAAUGAAUUCCGCCAAUACGAUCAUGGGCCCAAGAAAAAUAUGAAAUUUUAUGGACAGGAGGAGCCACCAAAUUAUCCCCUUGAUAAAAUCACCGCUGAAAUGUACAUCUAUUACGGCAUGGCCGAUGGUUCCGCCACUUACAAGGAUGUCCAACGUUUGCCAGAACACUUAUCAAAUUUGAAACAUUUUGAGCUAAUUGAAGAUGUUAACUGGGGUCAUUUGGAUUUUAUCUUUGCCAUGAAAGUCAAGGAGACUAUCAAUGAUCCAGUUAUUGAUUUCUGCCUAAAAUAUGAAACCGAUCAUAGUAAGAAAUAAAAAACAAAUUUACGG